AGCUGGAAGUAAACUUUUGAGCGCUGUGACUAGCAUCCAAUCAUCUACCAGGGUUUCCGUGACGUAUCGCUUAUCUAGCCAAUCAGCGUUCAGCGUCUGUUCCGCUCUUUGACGUUUUAUGGAAAUAGUCUGAACACACUGGCGGGAGAGAGAAGAAAGAGAGAAAGAAGUAUAGGGUUUUAUGUUAGUUUAUGAUUAGUAGCGCGGUGUAUGAAAUGUUUUUCCACUAUAUUUUUUAAUUCACAUAAGAAACGCAAGGGUCAAUAGGACGUUCGGCUUUUAAUUUCAUUUAUUUUUUGGAUAAAAGUCUCCCGCGGAAAAUAAACUGGGUUUUUUUUUUUCCAGAAACAUAAAAGCUAGCUAGGAAAGCUAAACAUUUUAUCAUUAAGCCCAUUGUCUAUUUAGAAAAGUCUAAAAAUAAUAAUAAUAAUAAAAAAAACAACAACAGCACAUCAACAAUAAUCUAGAAUCUGUCCUUGUUUAUUUGCGUUCUGGGAUUUUUUUUUAACGACAGUUUACGACAUUUGUCUUUGCUCGUUGACUUGCUAACUACUCAAAGGCUAAUGGCGAAGGUUCAGGUGCUAAACGUUGCUGUUUUGGACAACCCGAGUCCUUUCGGGAAUCCUUUUCAGUUCGAGAUCACGUUCGAGUGCAUGGAAGAUCUUCCUGAAGAUCUCGAAUGGAAGAUCAUAUAUGUGGGCUCGGCUGAGAGCGAGGAGUACGACCAGACCCUGGACUCGGUCCUGGUUGGGCCGGUGCCUGCGGGGAGACACAUGUUUGUGUUCCAGGCGGAUGCUCCGAACACGGGCCUGAUCCCAGAGAGCGAUGCUGUGGGCGUCACCGUGGUCCUGAUCACCUGCACGUACAGAGGACAGGAGUUUAUUCGCAUCGGCUAUUACGUCAACAACGAGUACACCGACGCCGAGCUCCGGGAAAACCCGCCUCUCAAACCCAACUACUCGCAGCUCCAGAGAAACAUUUUGGCGUCGAACCCACGUGUAACCCGAUUCCACAUCAACUGGGAGGGAUGUUCUGAGAAGAUGGAGGACUCCGAGAACGUGGACCCGACUCCGAACGUGAUGCAGCCUCCGUCGUGCCCCCCGGGGAAAGCGCCUCCGCUCGGACUGAUGCCCGAUAACUCCAUGGAUUGCUUGUAGAGCCUCCAAUCCUUCUGUUUAAGGAAUCAUCACCUUUAAGACCUCAUACACCUCAGAUCCACCGGAACACAGACGCUGACUUGCAGAACGGCACGGACAACAAAACGACACACUCUUUGAUUGAUUGUUUUUCGGAUUUGUGUUUCAGUAUUUUCAGCAGGUCGAUCGUCAGUGAUGUCAGACACGGAGCGUUAAAGGUGUUAUACAAGCAGGAUUUUUCUUGAUUAACUACGUGUAAGUGUGCAGGUGAAAUUGUACUAUACUGUAUAUAUGUUUACUUCUGUUUGUAUUCUGGCCCUCCAAAUAAAUAAAUAAAUAUCUUUUGUUACGUCA